AUGUCCUCAACAACAACUCAAACAAUAACGCAACGAGGGUCCUUCUCCACUGAGGUGAAGAAUGAUGAUUUCUUGAAGAAGAUCAUCAAGCACCUUAGCCAACUUACUUUCGAUCCUGACUUCCAGAAAGCUUCUGCGACUUAUAGUCAGGUCAAAGAGCAGCAGGAGCAAGUUCGGAUUCGUGAUGACAAGCUGGCCAAAUUGCAGAAGGAUGUCAAGGCUCAGGAAGAGAAUGAAGUGCUCGCAUUCAGCAAAUUGUCUGCAGUGAAUCAAACCCUGACCACCCAAAAAGAAAAUGCAGAAAAGCAGAAUGCUUCUCUUCACAAAGAGGUUACAGAAAAAGAAAGGUCUCUGACUGAAAUCUCUCGAAGGAUUCAAGACUUUCAGAGCCAGAUACAAACACAACUAUCGGAAAGAUCUCAGGAUGAGAAAAAGAUGAGCUCGAUGGUUGCAAAACACAAUCUUGAAAUUAGUUUUCUUCAGAAAAAACUUAAAGAAAGCGAUGGAACGAUCGACCAAAUGAAGACUACUCAUGUCAACCUUACAAGCCUCCUUGAUGUUGAACAGAGGAAAAGUGGUAGCCUCGAAAAGGAGAAAAAGUCGCUUGAUGAAACGAUGCGAGAGGCACGCGGUCGACUUGAAAAGCUCGAUGCCUUUAUCCUGAAAUCUCAACAAGUGGAUGAACAGUCGAUAAUUGAUGAUUUUUCGGGCCUUUGGGACUAUGCUACGGAUGAAAUCUGGACCGUCUUGCAACAUAAUUUGAACGACGAGAAACUCACAAAUGAUAGAUCCUGGAAGAAGCUCAGACUAGAUGCUGAUGAGGCUGUCCGAGAUGGUGCUACCCAAGGACAGUCUGUCCCCCUGUGCGCUUCGAAUUCCGAUUCCGCUAAGGGAAUGCGUCUGGCUGUGAUUUUGGGCAUUCUAUCCAGGGAAAUUGAUAAUGAGAUUUUUCAACCGAGCUACUUCCCGUCCGAUACCGGGCAUUUCAGAAGGAGCUUGAACAAGAUCGUGAAAAGCGACAACGAAAAGGAACAUUUUUAUCGCUCCGUCCUGCUUUCUAUUGAUCGCGAUUUGCAGGAAGCUGAACUUUGGUCUAGAGCCGAGUCUGUUGUUCAAAAAGUGUCUCACUAUCUCGAUGAACUUCUCUCAACUGCCCAGUAUGGUGAGCUGAAAGUGAAGAUAAAGAAUGUUGUUGAAAGGGCAAUCGAGGUCUGGCGUCCUAUCCAGCACGCUACGAAAAGAUAUGAGACAGAAUUUGAUCCUGUGGAUUGGUCCCACGAUGAGGAUUUUCUAUUCCAGUUUCCCGUGGGUGCUGAAGAUUCAAUGGAGGCUGAUCAUCCAGAUGAGCCUCUUCUUGUGAUUUUCCCUGGGCUCUCUUCCUUGGAACGCGAUGGCUUGAUCUUGACUUCUGUCGUUCCGCUCAUGAGCUCGCAGAGAUUGUGUGUUGCUGCCAAGAAAGAGUUGAGGGAAGACCUUCGAGGGAAAUCUAGCCCCACGGCUAAACAACCCGGCCGUAAAAGGCAGAACUCUGUUGCCAAAGCUCCAUCACAGUCAAAUGAGAGCAAUUUUUUAGGGGGGCACUCCGGAGGCUCAGGCAAGUAA